ACGCUCAUUGAUGAGAGGAGACUCCUCAUGUCGCGGAGCGUCUUUUCCACACUCCGCGUCCAAAAGCGUGCGUGGGACUAACUUUACUCCCCUCGGAGAGGAACUUCACCUCCUUCUUGGCUGCCCUUUUUCCCCCGCAGGCAUGUGAGAGGAGCCACACCUGGGACUUUCAUCCUGGUGUUUGAGUCAUGGACGCCAUGAAGACGGACGGCAGUGCGUGAUCGAGCAGACGGCACAAUGAACUCCCUCCUGACCCCGCUGCUCCUCCUGCCCUUGGUCCUGUCGUCCUCCCUGCCGCGUCCUCCGGUCCCGCACGUCCCCACGUUGCUCCCUCACCGGCCGACGCCUCUGGGCCGCUCCCGCUUCAGCGCCCGCGCUCGCCUGGACUUGACCACCCGCUGCAACGCCAGCUGCUUCCACGACGGGCGGCGGUCGGCGGACCAGCUGGACUUCGAGACGCUCUAUUGGGACGGCUCGCGUACGCUCACCGCCGUGGACGUGAGGGGCGAGGGCGAGGACCACGCCAGGCCCCGGCGCAGGCGAGUGAGGCGUCAGAUUUACGGCGCCGACGGCCGCUUUAACAUCCAAGGAGACAACUUCCUCUUGGAUUACCCUUUCUCCGCAGCCGUGCGGAUCUCCACCGGCUGCACCGGCGUCCUGGUGUCGCGCUGGCACGUCUUGACCGCCGCCCACUGCGUGCACGACGGCAAGGAUUACGUCAAAGGGGCGCGCAAGCUCCGAGUGGGCUUCCUCAUCCCGCCGUCCAUCAACGGCACCCGAGCGGACCCCCCGUUAAAGAAGAAGCCUCUGGUGCGUUGGAUGCGGGUGAGGCGCACUCGUGUGCCCAAAGGUUGGAUUCAGGGCCCUCAGGACGUCAGCAUGGACUUUGACUACGCCCUGCUGGAGCUGCGCUCGCCCCACCGCCGACCCUUCAUGCGCCUGGCAGUGGCGCCCUCCUUGGACGACCUGGCGGGCCGACGCAUCCACUUCUCGGGCUUUGACAGCGACAGGCCGGGGGAGCUGGUCUACAGGUUCUGCCCCGUGGAGCAGGAGUCCAGUGACUUGAUCUACCAGCACUGCGACGCCAGGCCCGGGGCCAGCGGCUCGGGGGUGUACGGGCGGGUGUGGGACAACUCUUUGGAGCGCUGGGAGAGAAAGGUCAUCGGGAUCUUCUCAGGUCACCAGUGGCUGGAGAUCGACGGCGAGAACAAGGACUACAACGUGGCCGUGCGCAUCACGCCGCUCAAGUUCGCUCAGAUCUGCUACUGGGUGCACGGCAACCGUCUGGAUUGUUCCCAAGACUGAAGACCACCGACGUGUUUUUAGUUGUGCCUUUUCAGCCGUUAACCCUUGUGCAACCGGAAGAUCGAUAACUCGGCAAUAUUUUUGUUUUCACUUUUGCCGCUUCUAUGAGUUUUUAGCAACUUCAGAUCUAUUGAUACAGUUUUUACCAUUUGUAUGGGUUUUUGUGCAAUCUUAAUUAAAAACUCAAAUACAGAGUGGGCCAAAAUUUAAAACUGAACAAAGCCGCGGGCCAAGGUUGAACAAAUUAACCCUUUAAUAGGGACCCAAACAAGUUUUGCAUUGAAUAUUGAACAAGCAAGGCUUAUAUAACUUUAUAGUGACAUGCAAAAUCUAGUUUCAAAUAAUAAUAAUAAUUAAAAAAUAUCAAUAGCAUAACAAAUACAAUUUAAACAAAAAUUGAAUGCCUCUUUUUCUAUUUGCAGCCUUCUGAGGUAAAUAUCAACAUUAACUUUUUCCACAGGCUAAUAAAUUAGAAAAUAAAAUAACAAUGAAUAAAACAACCAUUCAGGACUUUAAACUGCUCAGUUUGCAACACACUGAUCUAAUCUGAUGUGCCCAAGCCAGAUACCUGCCAUCUUUUCUUGGAUGCUAGUUCAUUAAUGUCGGGGCUCAGGCUUUGAGCUGAGGCAACCUUCAUUAUCGAACGAAGGUGUUCAUCAGUCAUUAUAUCUCGUAGUCCACCCGGACCACAGUCUUGGAGGCGUGCCUUAAAGGCACUGCCUUUAACGUCCUCUACGAGCUGUCGUCACGUCCGCUUUAAACAAGAGAAGCUCCUAACUCAGCACUAACUCUUCCGGGACGCUACAAAAUACACCCCCUGCUACCACCAAACCCAACCACACACACACACACACACACACACACACACACACACACCUUGUAGCGUCCCGGAAGAGUUAGUGCUGCAAAGGGUUCUGGGUAAAUGUUCUGUUGUGUUUAUGUUGUGUUACGGUGCGGAUUAUUCUCCCGAAAUGUGUUUGUCAUUCUUGUUUGGCGUAUAUUUCUAACAGUGUUAAAGUUGUUUAUACGGCCACCCUCAGUGUAACCUGUAUCGCUGUUGUGUGUGCGUGCAGAAGCCGCACUUAUUAUGUGACUGGGCCAGCACUCGUUGGACUGGAUGAAAAGCGGACGUGACGAUUUUCGGAAGGGGCACUGAAAUCUGGGAGUCUCCCGGGAGGGUUGGCAAGUAUGAGAAUUAGCGGUGAAUGCGGUGCUACCGCGGCGCCGCCGCUGUAUAUAAUCGGCGGGCCAGCUCUAGUGUUAAUUUGAUAUCACCUCAAGGGCCAAGUGAAAUUUUGGCCCGCGGGCCAGAGUUUGACACCAUGCUCUAAAGGCUUAGUGGCCACAUGCGUGGACAGCACCUUUUGAGCUCUUAUUUCCAAAAUUGUGUACACUACUGAAUUGGGGUCUUAUGGCUGCUUAGGUGGACACUUAUACUGCCAUCUGGUGGUGUCAGAAGAGUAUAACAUACAAUGGAAUUUGGAAAAAAAAGUGUAAAAAUAAGAAUUAGCAUGUCACUAAACAUGAAGUACACGUUUGUGUACUUAUGGACUAAGUACAUCAUAUCAAAAGAUGAUUCUUUGUUUUUAUUCUAAUUAGGGUCCAAUAAGCCCAAAUAGCAAAGAGAAGAAAAAAAAGCAUGUAAACAAACAGCUUGGGCCUUAAGAGAUAAAAUGCUUUUUUUUUUUUUUUUUUUACUUUCAACACUUGAAAGUUUCUACCAACAAUCUUAUCUAUUUUUUUUUUUAUAUAUAUAUAUAUAAUGGGAAAAAUGCAAAAUAUGCACUAUUUGAGGUCAAUAACGUUGAUUUUCUUACGGUAUAGACAAAAAAAUAUCGUUUCAGCGGUUUGAUGGCAUUAUUCAGUUACGCUCCUGGUUCUCUGGCACCAUCUAGUGGUUAAAAGGCGCAAUUACAUGACAGCAAUAUUUUCUUGUUUUUCACUUGGCAAGAUUCAGCGGUUUUAAGGGGGAAAAUCCUAAUUAAAUACCCGGAUUAGGGUCUGCUAAGUUAUAAGGGGAGUCAGAAAGUGUGUAUACUUUUGUUUAAAUCCUAUUCUAUUAACGUUGCAAUCAAAAACACAAUGCAGGUUUAAAAUACACAAGCAUAUCAUAGGAACACAUGUAAUGCCCGUUCUGGGCACUAGGAGUGCACAAGGGUUAAAUCACCGUAUGACAUUUUCUGUUUUUUCCCCCGAGAAACAGGCGAUCCUUCCUUCCUUUUCCAAAAGAGGCUUUACUAAUAGAACAUGUUUUUACUAAAGGUUAAGGGUUAUGCUGGUGUCAAUGAGAGUUUAGAGAAUGUUUAAGAUUUAUUUUUGGAUAAAUGCUUUGAUAUAUUUUAAUAAAGAGAUCUAUG